UUCCCAGUGUCACUCAUGUCUCGACCAUUAUCUGUUUUUCUUUACCCAGCAUCUGAGCAAUGCGGUGGCUAUUUAGAUGCCAGCGAUGCCGGCUACAUUACCACCCCUGGCUACCCGCAGGAGUAUCCCCCUCACCAGAACUGCCACUGGGUCAUCACAGCCCCGGAGCCAUCGCAGCGCAUAGUCCUUAACUUCAACCCACACUUUGAAAUGGAGAAGCUGGACUGCAGAUAUGACUAUGUAGAGAUCCAUGAUGGGAACUCGGAAGCAGGCGACCUGCUGGGAAAGCACUGCAGCAACAUUGCCCCGGCUCCAAUCAUAUCGUCUGGUCCAUCUCUUCACAUCAAGUUUGUGUCAGACUACGCCCAGCAGGGGGCGGGCUUUUCACUGCGCUACGAAAUCUACAAAACUGGCUCAGACUGUUCUCGUAAUUUCACCAGUCGCACAGGGCUGAUUGAGUCCCCAGGCUUCCCCGACAAAUACCCACACAACCUGGAGUGCUCCUUCAUCAUCAUUGUACCCCCCAGCAUGGAUGUCACUCUGACCUUCCUCACCUUCGACCUGGAGAACGACCCCCUGCCAGGCAGUGAUGGCGACUGCAAGUAUGACUGGUUGGAAGUGUGGGACGGACUACCUGGAGUGGGCCCUCUGAUUGGCCGUUACUGUGGGACAAGGGUACCUCCUGAAAUCCAAUCAUCGACUGGGAUUCUAUCACUCGCCUUCCAUACUGACAUGGCCGUGGCUAAAGAUGGCUUCUCAGCUCGAUACAACAUGACGCACAAGGAAGUCAGUGAGACUUUCCACUGCAGCAAUGCAUUAGGCAUGGAGUCAGGAAAGAUCACGGACGAGCAGAUCAUGGCUUCGUCAAGUUUCCAGGAUGGAAAUUGGCUGCCGAGGCAAGCCCGCCUCAAUUUUAAAGAAAAUGGGUGGACGCCUGCUGAAGACAACAACAGGGAGUACAUACAGGUGGACCUCCAUACUCUAAAGGUCCUCACAGGCAUUGCUACUCAAGGCGCCAUCUCAAAGGAAACUAAAAAUGUUUAUUACGUCACCACCUUCAAGCUGGAGGUGAGCACUAAUGGAGAAGACUGGAUGGUCUACAGGCAUGGGAAGAAUCACAAGGUAUUCCACGCCAACACUGAUCCCACAGAAGUGGUUCUCAACAGGAUCCCUCAGCCGGUCCUCACACGUUUCGUGCGAAUCAGACCUCAGUCGUGGAAGAACGGUAUAUCUCUACGUUUCGAGCUCUACGGCUGUCAGAUUACAGAUGCUCCCUGUUCAGAGCUGCAAGGCAUGCUGUCUGGCCUCCUCCCUGACUCCCAGAUCUCAGCAUCCUCCAUGAGGGACAUCCACGGCUCAAUGGGGGCGGCCAGACUGGUCGCCAGCCGGUCGGGCUGGUUUCCUAACCCGACACAACCUAUAGCUGGAGAGGAGUGGCUGCAGGUGGAUCUAGGUGUACCCAAGACGGUCCGAGGCAUAAUAACUCAGGGUGCCAGAGGGUUGGAGGGCAGCACAAGUUCUGACAGCCGAGCUUUUGUGAGGAAGUACAAACUGGCACACAGCCUAAAUGGAAAAGACUGGAGUUACAUCAUUGACAGCAAAACUGGGUUUGCUAAGAUCUUUGAGGGGAACAGCCAUUAUGAUACUCCAGAAGUGAGGAGGUUUGACGAGAUUGUCGCCCAGCACAUCAGAGUUUUUCCAGAGCGAUGGUCACCUGCUGGCAUCGGUAUGAGGAUGGAGGUUCUUGGCUGUGACCUGCCUGAAAUCACCACGCUGCCCAAUACAGUGACCCCAACCACUCCCAGACUGGAACAGACAACUCCUGCAAUGAAAUCAGCCACAACUCCAUCCCUGUCGGCCGUGUGUGACUUUGAGCAGAGUUUGUGUGGCUGGUCAGCUGAUCCCCACACAGGUGUGAGCUGGUCCCUGCACAUGGCCGGAGGCUCAACUGGACACAACACUCAUGGGACGCGGCAGGACCUUUCCCUGGGAUCAGACAAUUUUUCAGGGAACUACCUCCACCUGGAUGCAGGCACUCACACCCAGCGCAAGAAAGCCAGACUUCUGAGUCCAGAAGUGGGGCCAGAACGUGGUCCUCUCUGCCUUCUCUUCUAUUACCAGCUUCAGGGGGAGGCACAAGGGAGCCUCCGAGUCUUGCUGAGGGACGGUGACCAGGAGGAGACCCUUUUAUGGGCUCUAAAAGGCGAGCAGGGGCCCAACUGGAGGGAGGGAAGAACCAUCCUUCCCCAAAGUCCCAGAGAGUAUCAGGUGGUUUUUGAAGGGUUUUUUGAUCACCCAACUAGAGGCCACAUCAGGAUAGACAACAUCUACAUGAGCAACAACAUUGAACUAGAGCAAUGUGCAGAGCCUCUCCCUGCUUUGGCUUCUGGCAUCCCCAGGGGUGCCAUAUCUGGGAUGAGGCCCACUGUAGCCGCAGUGAAGGUUCAUCUGGUCCCCGCCUACUGGUACUAUGUGUUGGUUGGAGGCAGCGCGCUCUUGCUGUUGAUAGGUGUGACUGUGACGAUGGUUCUCUGCUGCCAGCGCUCCCAUUGGAUGAGCAGGAAGAGCAACAGUGGCCACCACCAUCACCAGCAUUCAGUGAUGUACCACAACAACCAAGCAGCCUAUCAGGAAGCUCCAGAGAGCUACUAUCAGUGUCAGAACCCCAGCUGCAACAUGUUGUGCAGCACCAACCAGAGCCUCCUUUAUCCAGGAACGGAUUCAAGCCAGGAGCCGAGGCUCAUCAUCACGCUGGAGAAAGAUGAGAGCUACAGCACCCGCUGCUGAAAUGACUGGGAUACAGUGAAACGUAGCGCCAACUGGAUGAAAUGAUCAAAUGCAGAGCUGGAUGUGUCUGAUUCUUUCCUUAAAAUAACAAGGAACUCAGCAUCAACAGCAAUGUUCAGCAGUGGGGGUGUUCACAGUCAAAGUGCUUCAGGCCCUCUUCUCGAAAAUGGAGCGCUGUACACCGCUGGAUUGGCCGCUUUACUUGAAAGUCGUAACCGUCAGGAUGGAAAAGCUUUAGUUUUCAAGUUCAAAUGUUCCAACAUAAUGACUUUUGAUGUCCUUUGUAGUUGCCAAGUGUACAGUAAACCAGCCUGAAGAUUGAUCGCAUCGUCGAUUAAGCAAAUCACACAUGAAUGACCUAACAAAAUUGUUGGAAAGACUUUGCAUGGAUAGGCAAUUAACAAUGUCAGUGUUCCUGUUUUGUCAAAAAGGUUCACACACAAGUAUGGAGGAUGCAUUUGGUUUUAGUAUUUCUUAGGGUCUUAAUGAAGCUGCAAUUCGUUGUUUUCCUGUGCAUCUAGGAAUCUUAGGGACAGGACAACAAAGAGAGGAGAGUUUUGGUGUGAAACGGGUACUGAGCUUUGAGGUGAUGAAUCAUGCAUUAGAAAUGCCAAGCGGCAAAUGCACGGACAGUCUUUAAAACCUUUUAAGCCUCGUCUUAUUUUGCUUUUUUUCUUCUGUCCAUCCCACCUUGGAUAUGCCUUUAAUAAAAGUGCUUUAAAACCUUUACCUCCUCCCCCCAUAGGCUGAGGUAAGGUUCUAGUUUUAAAUCUAAAUGAGGAUUAUUUCCUUUUUUGCCUGGAUCGUCUGCCUGUCGGUCAUCGUUUCAGAGUAAAAGUCAAAGAUCUUAAUACGUUUGAUGGGGUGAAUGAAACAAAUAAUCUGAAUGCAAAGGAAUGCUUUCAUUCUGUUUUCUGUGCAAUGAUAUGCAACAAACCUAAUAGGUAUUUUGUAAAAUUCAAAUCCACUUUGGAUGGUCUGCUUUAAUUCUAGAAAUGAGACCAAACAUGCUGUGAUGCAAAGAACUCUGACUCAUGUAGGUUGGAUGUCCAUUAACGAUUUAUUUCUAAGAGCCAGCUGCUUAAAAAAAAAAAAACAUCUUAGUAACAAUGAAAAAAAUCCUAAUUUCUUAAAAGCUUUAAUAGUGAAUUUCUGGUAACUAAGAAAUUAAAGUGGCUUUUUGUUCGUCAUCGAGAGCUUUUUUCUUAUUAUCAUUUAAAGACACCCACCAACCUUCCUGUCUUUUUCAGAUGAACACUGUUUUGACAAAUUCCAUAGGAUUUAGAGAAAGUUUCUAUAUACAGUACAAUCUUUGCUACAGUUUUCAUAUGAUAGAGCAGAUCCCAAGCAUGUGCACCCAUAAAAUUAUUUUUGUGACAUUUUCAAAGCUUUUAAAUGUCCUGAACAAUUUAACUGAAAAAACAACAUAUUUGCAAUCUGGAAAAGGUACAAAUGCGUGAUAACUUUCUUGGGUCGGCAUUUUUUAUCCAUUUUGAUCAUUCAGUCUUCAGUAUUGCACAUCUUGUAUUGGCGAGAUUUAAGCACUCAGCCGUGUCUAAGUUCUCCAGAUCUAUCAUUCUAAUUUAAAUCUAUUGAUUGUGAGGAAAACUGGUGUCUAAACAAACUCAUUGGUGUAUAAGACAGUUUUCUAUGUCAGAAAAGACCUCCAUCCUUUUCCUUCUAGACAUAUGGAGAAUAGAACAGACUUCUGUCACAGAACCAAAUCAGGAGUUUUUGCAAAUGCAUCUUUUUCAAUGUUCCUGAAAACCUUUGGGCAGCCGCCUUGACCACUUUUAGUCCCUUCUCUUCACACAGUUUGGAGAAAUGCUCAGGAUAUAUAAUCUCACUCUCUUCCAAUAUUUUAUU